GAUAACAGAGCAUACUAAACUUGAAGCGAUGUGAACAUACCCAACUAAACGAUGUGAAGUGUCUUUAACAGAAAUAAGUUCGACUAAUGUGUGUUUGGGAACAACGUUUUUGAACCUAAAAAAUUCUAUUGAAUUCUUUUACGUUGUAUAUUGUACUAAAGACGUUUGCACGUAUUUUUUCAAUUUACAUUGAGAUUUGGUUUUUAUAGUAAUUCUAAACGUUUGAAUUCUUCAUCGAGUUUGUUCAUUUCCAGUAAUUUCUGAUCCUUCAUGAUGAAGCUUUUAUUGUUCCUUUGCUUCACUGCAGUCCACGUUUUAGGUGAAAAUACAAAAGAGGUUUUAAUUGACAACAGCAACAGUCCUAGUAGAUUACUUGCGCUAAAUGAUACUGAAGUUCAUCCUGAAGCAAAACCAUCAUCAAAGAAGACGAUAGAUCUUCUAGAAUCUAUAUUACCUUCUUUAGAUACGAAUGAAAAUAAAACAAAGGCAGAUAAAACAAAGCCAGAUAAAACAAAGUCAGAUGAAACAAAGUCUACUACUGUCAUCAAUGUUUCAAGUUCUAUGGCCACUGAAUCUCAUACAGAAGUUACAACACCAGAUUUUACAACUGUUCCCAGUACCACAACAGAUAGAUUAACUGAGCAAACAUUAACCACAACAGUUAAUCCACCAACAAUGGUCAAUGUUGCAAAUGUGGCAGCCUUAUCUGCUGCUAAACCUGGCAAAUGGAUAGUUAAUGGAACAGAUAAUAAAAUUUGUAUCGUGGUGCAAAUGUCUGUGGAGUUUAAUAUCUCUUAUGUGAAUAACAAUCAUACGAUUUCCUAUAAAACAUUUGACAUGCCAGUGAGUAAUGCAACCACAACAGGAAAUGGAACUUGCGGUGCACUUGAACAAAAUUUGACACUAGCAUGGUCUUCCAAAAACCAAACUAAUAAUGGUAGCAUGACAAUGCACUUUUUGAGAAAUGUAAAUGAAAGUUAUUAUUCAUUCCAUCAUUUGGAGGUUAUGCUUCCAGCAGCGGAUUUCCAAAAUUCGUCUCUAAAUGAAACGAUGAUAUUGGUGCAUAAUGCAUCCCACAUUACGGUUGGAUUAUCUAAUUCCUACAGAUGCUUGAAACAACAAAUUCUCUAUUUAAAACGCAAUAAUACUAAUGAAACAGCUGGCUAUUUAACAAUAACAGAUCUUCAGUUCCAAGCAUUCAGAACAGACAAUUCUACCACCUUUAGUGUUGCUAAAGACUGUGCUUUUGACACACCGGAUGCCGUUCCGAUCGCUGUAGGUUGCGCACUAGCAGGAUUAGUAAUUAUAGUAUUAUUUGCAUAUUUGGUUGGUCGCCGACGAAGUGAAGCCCGUGGUUAUGUUAGUAUGUAACUCCUACGUAUAUCAUUCUUCAAUUUUCGUUUUUUAAGUAAGUUGAUAUUAUACUUUUGUGUAUUCCGAAUCAAAAAUUAUUUUUUUCUUUUUGUAAAUCUGUAAAGUUAUAGUUUAAGGGAACUUUUGAUCAAACAAUCUUUUCUCUUUUACGCAAUAAAUUUUAAACAAAAAACAAAAAAAAAAUCGAUUACAUCUUUUUAAGAAUUGCUUGUUUUCUGGUUUAUUACUAGUAAGAAGGAUUUCAUAAUUAUACACUUUUAAAUAGUAUUUUAUAUUAAUCUUUUGUGAAAUUGUGAAAGGUUUAUUAGACAAUGUAUCAUUGUUUUACUUUGUGAUAUAUGUUACAAGAUUAAUUUUCAGUAGAAAGCGUUAUGUUAAAUGUAAAAUUUAACAAAAUGUAUUUCUAAAGAACAAAAAUUAUACGAAAUAAUAUUCGAGAAACGAACGUACUGCAAUAAAAAAAUUAACUAUGUAAAAUUUAUAAUAAACGCAAAUCAUUUAUGAUACCUUCUUCUGAUAGUAAAUGUUAAAAUUGAAUUGCAUAAAAUAUGAUGAAAUAUAUGUAUAAAAUGUACACGUUUUACUGUGAUAAUAAUUUUAGAAAAAUUCAGUUAUGUGAAUAAGCAUCUGAUUAUUUAUGUAUAGUAAUAUUAAUUUUUAAGAAAUCAGUUUUUGUUAUGAUGGUACGUUCGUUGUUUGUCAGGAAAUAUGCUCCGUAUAUUCUUCAUUUUUAUUGAUAUUAAUAAUAACUAUAAUUCUAGUAAAAACCAGCGUAUGCAUUAUAUAAUAGUAUAAAGAUUUCUAUGUUUGCAAAUUACAAAACUUGGUUGCUAAUAAAUAAAUUACUAUAUAUAUUU